GGUAAAAAAAAAUUAUAAUACAAUGUUAAAAAUAAGAUUAACAAUAAAGUGAAAAGAGAAAUACGAGGCAACAAGGGGUGGUUGGUUAGUCCACCACCUAAACCAAAACCACAAAGAAAACCACUCACUCAUACAAACAAAUCGCAUUACUACUUACCACCAAGCAAAGUGCACUUGUGAAUGAGUCCAACCAUAAACCAAACCCGUGUGCCCACUCUCUCUCUCUCUCUCCUCUCUCUCACUAGACUUAACCAUUUCUAAGUUCUAACCACUAACCAAACAAACCUUCUCUCUCUAUGGCCUCACAGCAACACGACACCGUUUUCCCCGAAGAAGACAUGGACGACGACGAAGACGAAUUUCACGAAUACGAAGAAGAUGAAGAAGACGACGACGUUUUAGUCGACGAAGAAGAAAACGAUCCUCCUUCUUCUUCCCGCUCCGUUCCCUCCGUCACAGUCGCCGUCCCCGGUUCCGUCAUCUCCAACGGCGUUAUCAGACCCCCAAUUUUAACUCCAACCGCAACCACCAUCGUCUUCGCCGAUUCCUUCCCCUCCGAUUCAAAACGCCAACGUAUAGAUCAAAUUGAAGAGAAAAAACCUCUCGAAGAUUCACGCAAGCUUUUUCAGCGCUUAUGGACAGACGAAGACGAGAUGGAGCUCUUGCAAGGUUUCCUCGACUACACAACGCAGAGAGGAUCUUCUCACCACAACGACACAGCUCAAUUCUACGACCAAAUCAAAUCCAAACUCCAACUCGAUUUCAACAAGAAUCAACUCGUUGAGAAGAUCCGAAGGUUGAAGAAGAAAUACCGAAACGUUCUGAACAAAAUCAGCUCCGGCAAGGAAUUCGUCUUCAAAACCGCUCACGAUCAAGCUACUUUCGAAAUCUCGCGCAAGAUCUGGAACAACGUCGCGCCGGUUCCAGGUGAUGUUGCCAUAGACGACGACGAAAUCAACCUGAAUCCAAGUCCGAACCCUAACCUCAAUUUCAGUCCGGUAAUUCUCAAGGCCGAGGCGAAUUCGAACACGAGGAAGCGUUCACGGCCUCGAUCCGUUAUCAGAACGUUCGAGAAACGCGAAUCUAUUGAUUUAUCAAUUAGAGAUCGUGAUUAUCUCAAUAUCAACCUCAACAAUCCUAAUCCAAAUCCUAAUCCUAAUCCUCUUCCAAUUCCUAUUCCUAUUCCAAUUCCUCAUCCUAAUCCUAAUCCUUACACUACUACUACAGCUACUGUUAAUGCCGCUAUAACACCUACUAUUACUACUACUACUACUCCUAAUGCUAAUACUGCAAUUAAUGCUAAUAAUUAUAGUAAUAAUUGCAGUAGCAUUGGGAAUAAUGUUGCUGGUGUGAUUGAAGAAACAGUGAGGAGUUGUUUAUCGCCGGUGUUGAAGGAAUUGGUAGCUGGUGCGGGUGCGUCUGCGAUGGGAGGAUCGGUUGGAGGAGCGCGAGGAGGCUUCGGUUUCUCGAUGAAUCCGGUGCCGUUUCAGUUCAUGAAUUUCGGUUUCGGAGGCGGCAGCGGCGGAGAAAUUGUGGAUGAGAAAUGGCGGAAGCAACAGAUUUUGGAAUUGGAAGUGUAUUCGAAGAGAUUGGAAUUGGUUCAGGAUCAGAUCAAAGCAUCUCUUAACGAGUUGCGAUCAAUUGGUGGAACAGGAGAAUGAAAAUUCAGCUUUUAGUUAAUUAUUGUUUUAACUUAGUGAUUAGUUUAAGUUAUUGUAAUUCUUCUCUUCAUGUUCUCACUUCAUUAUACAGAUUUGCUUCUUAAUUUGUCCACCGAUAUGGUUGAUGAAUGAUGAUACUCAUAGUUUAGCAGCUAGUUAUUUUCUUUUCUUUUUUUGUGUUUAAUUCGAAUAGCAUUUGUGUUUAAUAAAAAAAAUGUAACUUUGGAGA